AUGUCCGCAAAGAACGUCUUGGUGAAACUUAUUGUGGGUGCUGGCCAGGCUGCGCCGGCUCCUCCCGUUGGUCCUGCUUUGGGGUCCAAGGGUGUGAAGGCCAUUGAUUUUUGCAAAGAGUUCAACGCCAGAUCCGCCCACUACAACCCUGGAACACCUAUUCCUGUGCUUAUAACGAUUAAGCCAAAUAGAACAUUUACGUUCGAGAUGAAGUCACCUCCUACGUCGUGGCUUCUUUUGAAAGCAGCCAAAGCUCCUCAGGGCGCCGGUAGACCCACCCAUGAGUUCGUGGGAGAAACGCUCUCGUUGAAGCACAUCUACGAAAUUGCGAAGAUAAAAAAGACCGACGAAAGACACAAGGAUUUGUCAUUACAGCAAAUAUGCACUGGCAUCAUCCUGACAGCCGAGGCCAUCGGUGUUCGUGUAGAGCCAUAG